UCAGAGGUAAAAACAGUGACGAUCAUGACGAUAUUUUGUUUGGGGAUUUUAUUUAGCUUGGUAAUAGCACAAUGUUUUGGAACUAACAGACACAUGGUUUGCAAAGAAAUCGAAGACAUUUUCGAUGCUGGAAAUGAUAGUCCGAUUAGUAACAGUGUGCGAGGCAUACAAGGAACACCUGGGAAAAGAGGAAAAUCUGGGAUCAAAGGUGAAGUGGGACCUCCGGGCGUACCUGGGAAGCCAGGAAUAGUGGAUUAUGAUAAAAUAAAGAAAACCAUACGUCGUGAAAUUGCUUCUGAUUCUAAGAUAAUGAAAGACAGGAUAAGUGAAAUAGAAAAGAAAAUAGCAAACUUGACGGCUCAAAACGAAGCGAUGAUGGAACGGACCGCCGAAGAAAGAUGUCAAGGAACAUUUUUUGGCAUACUUUAUAAUUCUACAUGUUUUUGGGCCGACAUUUUCCUGAAAACGGACAUGAGUCUAGCCAAAGCUCAACAGCGUUGCACGAAUAAAGGAUCGCGCUUGGCUGAUAUAAAUAGCAAAGAUCAUUUUGAUGCAAUAAUGACAUAUCUAAGACCAAAAAUUGUAGCCGGGGAACCACAUUUGCUCGUUUGGACGGGAAUGAAACGAAAUUUAACGAGCGGGGAUGCAAUUCUUUCUACCGGCGCCAAAGCACCGUACGUGAAACCCCGAUCCGACGCGUCCAAGUGGAGCAAAGGUGAAGCUAAGCGAACAUUAGCUUAUCUUCUUGUAUUACCGGAUCUCGAAGCCACCGAUCAAGGAUUUGGAGCUAUCUGGGACACUUGGGAAGCCCAUGGAGUGCUGUGCCAGACCACUUGACUGAAGUGAAGCGUUGGCUGGCAAGCUCAUGGUCUCGAUAGCCAUCUACUCUCAACCCUGUGAUAAUGAUUGACCAACAUUUUUAAUAUAACGCAAUAUAACCUAAACUGUGUCAUUUAGUUGAAACCAUAGAGUAAAGACCGAUUUUUAAUACCGAUACCAGGGUUAUUCGGAGCCGAAUAUUUUACGACUUCAAAUAAUUUUCAGACAUUAUUGAGGCUCACGUUUAGAUGUUGUAAGAAAUGUUCCCUCCACAAAGUCUCCGAGUUUCGCGUAACGCCGCGUCUAAUCGGGAACCCGCCGUCAUGAUUCGCGGAUUAAAAACAGUGUUCCUAUAAAAAAUAAUAUCAUAUACCGGAAUUUAAGAUGAAAUAUCUUAUUCAUAAAAAAUUUGGAAAUAAAUAAAAGUAAUAGCCUUCUAGCGAAAAAUGCAAUUUUCAACCACUGAGAAUUUCAAAGCGAUUGGUCCAUUAGUGGUUGAAAUACGCGAUUUUUCCAUCAAGGUAACAAGAAGAAAAAGAAAAAUUAUAACAACAACAUAAUAGUGAAACGAUAUAUAGGUCUACUACGUAUCCAAUAAAACACAUUAAAAAACGAAGUGAUAAAUCCUCAGUACACCGACUGGUGAGAGUAUUAUAUUUAAACACUUCGGCCACAAGAGUGAGUGUGUCGUCUACUUUUAAUUAUAGGUGUUCUUGCUCAUAAGGAGCGUAAUUUAUCACGUGUCACGGAGGAUUCCAUGUGUUAAGAUUUGUACCAUACCGAAACCAGCGAAAACGCAGAUACUGCUACACCGAUACUUCAAAUUGUCAAUAUCACUGAAAACAUGUAUAUACGAUCAACUUCUUGGCUAUACGGAACGGAAUAGUUAUCAGAAAACAAUAUUUACUGUGGACAUUAGGUGCUGGGAACUCAAAUUUUUAAAUCAGCCUUCCGCUCUGGAUAAUUACGAAUUUUUUAUUUUAAAACGUGGCGCUCACAUUUUUGCAUUGAUGGCGGGGGCUUCCUACAUAAGACCCGAACAUGAUUACAAGUAUCUAUAUAUCAGUACACAAGAAAUCAAAAUUUAUGAUUCAGACGAAUAAAUGACUUGUUAAUUUCCUCACUAUUAAGGAUUCAUUACAAUACCCAAUUAAUAUGCGUAGUUCAGACGUUUUGUUGUGCACGGGCGCCGUGCACGAGUUAGUGAUUGAAGAUAUUCACAGCGCGUUGGCGACUAAACAUGUUAUAAUGAAUAAAUAUUUACCUUUCCUAUGAAAUCAAUGUUAAGGUGACGAACACAGGAUUUGUAACAAUAUGAUAUCUAUCUUUGUAUUUUAUGCUACAAUAAUAUCCACUGCAGCAUUUGAUAACUUUUCCUUCGUAAUUACCACCUAUUAUUAGAAACGUAAGAAACAAAAUUUUGUUAGCGAAAAUAGCCAAAUAAGUCUAGAAAGCAGAAUUAUAAAUAACUUAAAAUAGGGAGGUAUUAGAGGCAUCCGUUCUUAAUAAAUUCAGUGUAUAAAUUCAAAAGUUUCGUUCAAUGUCCUAUUUUGUGUUCUAUACAAAGCGGGAAAUUCAUAUUGGGGCCAUUUUGCAUUAUGACGCCAUAAAAUUUGCUUAAACUAUGAAUAAAUAUAUUUUAUAAUAACACGAAUAUAGAAUCAUUGAUUGAUUAGUCGCCUGAUUGUCGCGUAAUGUUUUUAUUUUCAUGUUAAAGUCAAAUUAGAAAUAUUUUCAAGUCAAUAAUCAAAGUCAAGUUUAAUUAAUUACAAAUGACUUACUAUAGUAUACUAAAUAGGAAAUAUUAAGAUGGUUUUAUUUCGUCAACGGUGAACUCUACAAAUCAUUUCAGAGUUAUUUUAUUUGUCACUUCAAAAAACAAACAAUCAAUAACAAUAUAUCUGUAAUAAAUAAAUAUUGAAAUGACAGGUGCUGUGAGGGACGGAAUGAUUUCCUACAUACGGUUGCAAAGCUUAGUUACAAGCCAUACUGGCAGAAAUGCUAUCAAUAUGAGAGGUGGCUAAUCCAUCUCGAAAAUUACGGGCCGUCUAUAUGUAUUUCGUGUAGCGAUUUUAAGUCGGAGAAACAAAAAGAGGUUCAGAAUCUCGAAGUAAAAAACGAACAAAAGAAAUUGAAAAAAUCGCCCUUCUUUUCACACAGCAUUGAAUAGAAAAACAGCAGGAUAUAAAAAUUCGCACCUCGG